AUGGCGCCCGACAACAAGAAGCGGCGGCGCGAGCCAUACACUGUCGACACCAAACUGGUCGAAAUCUAUGAAGACCUUGCCAACGAGAAAGACGAGAUCAGACUGAGAGCCGCGCAGGCGCUGGUCUCGCAGUUUACUCCUGACAAGAAUCCGAGCGAUGAGCAGAUCAAGAGAGCUUUGCAGAGGCUGUUCCGCGGUCUCUGUAGUAGCCGCAAGGCUGCUAGAAUCGGUUUCUCUAUUGCGUUGACUGAGAUUCUGACGCAGGUGUUUGCGACUCCGAGGGAGGCGUCGGAGAUUGAUGUUCGCAAGGUUAUGGGUAUUUUGGAGUCACAGUCGGAUGCUUCUGGUAGUGACUCGGGGCAGGAACAAAGAGAUCACUUCUUUGGACGGUUGUUUGGAUCAGAAGCUAUCAUCAAGUCUUCGAUCCUGUUUAAGCCCAGUGUUCCCUUUUCGGAGUGGACUAAGCUCCUAGACCUGGUCUUCGAUCUGGCCAAGAGAAAGCCAUGGAUCAGGGAAGAAUGCGGCUGGAUUAUCUACCGCUGCAUCUACGACCUCUCUUCGCAAAAAGUCGAUUCUAAGUACGUUGAGGCGGCUUUGGAGCGUCUGUCGAGCUUUGACCUGGUCCGCACGCCUGAAGGAGUUGCCAUCUGGUUGGCCGCCAAGGACCUGUUCCCCAAGGCGAACUUCCCCAGUAAAGCGUGGAAGCACGAUGAUCCGCUGGACGCACGGGAGAGGAACCAGCUGGCCAAGGUCCUGAAGGAAUCGUCGGUCGAGACGGAAGAAAGCCAAGAGAACAAGCCCAAGUCUUCUGGGGUGUGGAACUCCAAGCUUCAUUUCGCAUGGGAUGCCGUUAUCAACAGGAUCCCGGCUGUGAAAGAGACCAAGUCUAAGAAGGAAUCGUCUCGCUUGAGCUUCGUUGACUUCUGGACGGAUGCUGUCGACAAUGGGUUGUUCGCCUCUUCUUCAUCCGAGGAGCGCAAAUACUGGGGCUUCCUGCUCUUCGUCAAAGUGCUCAAUGAGAGUCCCCUGCAGCAGGCUUCUCUCGUAUUCACGAAGAACCUGGUCAGAUGUCUGAUGAACCAGCUCGCCGUCGAAGACAGAUAUCUGCACCGCAUGGCCACCAAAUCCGCCAAGACUAUCCAAACCCGUGUAUCCAAGGAGCCCGCAUUCGCCGCGGCCGCCAUCAAGGGCUUGAUGGGCUCAGCCGGCUCCGUCAACUUCGACCAAGUCACCAAGAGCAAGACCGUGGAGAAAAUCGCCGUUGAAGCUAACCCCGACGCACUCAAGGAGAUUGUGCCGUUGCUGGAGAAACUCGUUAGCCACCCUGGCACCAAUGACAGCAAGGCCGCCGCAUCGAGCCGCCAAUCCCUGGCCAACCUGCUUGUGUCGAUUGUCCGGUCACGAGCCUCGAGCCAAGAUGCCGAUGAGGGACUCCAAGAUGUCCUAGAGCAUAUCCUCACCACCUUCGUGCGAUCCGCCUACUUCACACCCAAGGAAAAAGAAGGCCCGCAACCACCCAUGGCACCCCAGACCCAGGAAAUGUUCCGCAACAGAAUCAACUCCUGCCUGAACAGCCUGAUCGCCUCUCAGAAAUACGCAGCCACCCUGCCGUACACUGUUGUCCGCAAGAUCCGCGACGCAGCCAAGUCCGAGGAAUACGGAAAGUCCAUCAUCAACAUCGACGGCGCCCUCAGCGACUCCGUCAAGUCCGCUUUCAAAGCCUUGAAGAAACUCUCUAGCUCGGAUGAAAACGCCGCCGCUGACGCCUUCAAACUCCUCUACUCAAUGACCCUCCUCCAAGUCUACAACGGCGACGCAGAUGCAGUCUCUAUGUUGGACGAACUCGAGUUCUGCUACACUAAGUUCUUGGGCGAUAAGAAGUCGAAGAAGAAGGGCGAGGAGGACGAGACUUCUGAUGCGUCGGAUACGUUGGUUGAGAUUCUGCUGAGCUUUGCGUCGAAGCAGUCGCAGUUGUUCCGCCGUAUUAGUGAGCAGGUCUUUGGUGCUUUUGCGGAUAAAAUUACUGCUACUGGGUUGGAGUCUUUGAUUUCUAUCCUGGAGGCUAGUGAGAACCUUGCUGGUCAGCAGGAGAUGUUCGAGAAGGAGGAUGACGAAGGAGACGAAGAGAUGAUGGACGUCGAUGAUGAUGACGAUGAUGAAGAGGACAGCGACGUCGAGGUCGUCGAUGCAGAGGGUGGAGAUGACGACAAUGACGAUGACGAGGACGAAGAAGAUGAGUCCGACGACAACAACGACGAACCCGACAACGAAGAAGCCGAAUUCCAAGCCAAGCUCACGGCAGCCCUAGGCCCGCACGCAGCAAACAAACCAGACGAGGAAUCCGACGACGAAGCCGACAUGAAUGAUGACGACAUGGAAGCUGUCGACGAGCAACUCGUCAAGGUCUUCAAAGCGCGCCGCGACGCCCUCGAACAGAAGAAAGACAAGAAGGACGCGAAAGGAAACAUGGUUAACUUCAAGAACCGCGUCCUCGAUCUUGUUGAGAUCUACGUUAAGAAGUGCCACUCGAGCAUCCUUGCUCUUGAUCUCCUCUUGCCACUCCUCCGCCUCACCCGGAAGACCAACACUAAGCAGAUCGCUAACAAGGCUACGACUGUGCUCCGCGAGUACUCGAAGUCGUGUAAGGGAUCUGCUGUCCCGGCGAUCGCUGAAGACUCAACUGAAUCUGCCUGGGCAUUGUUGAAAGACUUGCAUCGCGAGGCUGGUCACAGUGGACCGCAGGCGCACGCGACGGCUUGUAGCCAGGCGAGUUUGCUGGUUGUCAAGGUGCUUGUGGCGCAUGAUAAGAAGGCGAUUGAGGAUGUUGUGGAUGUCUACGCGGCGACGAGGAAGCAGCAAAUGCUUAGCAAUAAGUGUCAUGUGCAGCCGUCGUUCUUUACGGAUUGGAAUAACUGGUGUGUGUCUGCGAGGAGCCAGAUCAAGAAUUAG